UUUUAAAUAUUAAUUUAAAAUUUCUUGAACAUGUAUUGAUUCGUUGUCCUGUUUAGUUGACCUUUUGAUUUCUGCAAGAAUAAGAAUGGGUUUGGUUUAUAUUUUUAAUCUUUUUGAUUCUCGGUCACCACAUGGCCUUUGAUUUUGGUGAGGGUUUUGUUUUUGUUUAAUUUUGAGGCUUCUUUUUAAUAAUAUAAUAUGUUUUAUUUUUUUAUUUUUUUUUCAAAAUGGUUUCACACAUUCAUCAUAUAAUGAAGCCUAUGAGUUUUUUAAGUUUUCUUUUAGAAAAUAAAUAUAUAUAGUUUAUGCAGCUAUGACUUCCACCUACCUUUGUCUUUAGAGAGAGAGAGAGGUACAUUGUGCUUGAUGAUUCCUUCACUCUGUGAUCAAAGAUGGCCGUUGUUCUUGAUGCCUUCAUCUCCGGGCUGGUCGGUACGUUGAAGGACAUGGCUAAAGAGGAGGUUGACUUGCUGUUGGGCGUCCCCGGGGAGAUCCAAAAGCUCCAACGCUCUCUCCGCAACAUCCACUCUGUCCUUCGCGACGCCGAGAAGCAGCGGAUCGAGAACGAGGGCGUCAACGACUGGCUGAUGGAGCUCAAGGAUGUCAUGUACGACGCCGACGACGUCCUCGACGAGUGCCGGAUGGAGGCCGAGAAGUGGACUCCUCGUGAGUCCGCUCCGAAGCCGUCCACCUUGUGCGGAUUUCCCAUCUGUGCUUGCUUUCGCGAGGUCAAGUUCAGACAUGAGGUGGGCGUCAAAAUCAAGGAUCUCAACGAUCGGCUGGAAGAGAUCUCGGCCCGAAGGUCCAAGUUGCAACUCCAUGUGUCUGCGGCGGAACCAAGGGUGGUUCCUCGAGUUAGUCGCAUAACUUCCCCGGUGAUGGAGUCUGACAUGGUUGGCCAGCGACUGGAGGAGGACGCCGAGGCACUGGUGGAACAGCUGACAAAGCAAGAUCCGAGUAAGAACGUGGUGGUGCUGGCAACUGUGGGGAUCGGCGGCAUCGGAAAGACCACCCUCGCUCAGAAGGUGUUCAAUGAUGGUAAAAUCAAAGCCAGCUUCCGCACCACCAUCUGGGUGUGCGUGUCCCAAGAGUUCAGCGAGACGGAUCUUCUCGGAAACAUCAUCGAAGGUGCUGGUGGAAAAUAUAAUAGAGAACAGAGCAGGAGUCUGCUGGAGCCCUUGGUGGCGGGUCUACUGAGAGGGAACAAGUUCUUGCUGGUGUUGGAUGAUGUUUGGGAUGCUCAGAUCUGGGACGACUUGCUCCGCAAUCCUUUGCAGGGAGGAGCAGCAGGCAGCAGGGUGCUGGUGACAACCAGAAACGCAGGGAUCGCGAGGCAAAUGAAGGCGGCCCACGUCCACGAGAUGAAGCUGCUGCCUCCGGAGGAUGGCUGGUCCCUCCUGUGCAAGAAGGCGACGAUGAAUGCGGAGGAGGAAAGGGAUGCCCAAGAUCUCAAGGACACAGGCAUGAAGAUUGUUGAGAAAUGCGGAGGGCUUCCCCUGGCCAUCAAGACCAUCGGAGGGGUCCUCUGCUCCAGAGGACUCAACAGAAGUGCGUGGGAGGAAGUCCUCCGCAGCGCCGCAUGGUCACGGACCGGGCUUCCCGAAGGUGUGCACCGAGCACUGAAUCUGAGCUACCAAGACUUGCCGUCCCAUCUGAAGCAAUGCUUUCUCUACUGUGCCUUGUUCAAAGAAGACUAUGUGUUUGCCAGGUCUGACAUCAUCAAAUUAUGGAUAGCCGAGGGGUUUGUCGAAGCACGAGGAGAUGUCAGCUUGGAGGAAACAGGGGAGCAAUAUCAUAGAGAGCUGCUUCAUAGGAACCUUUUACAAUGGCAACGUUACAGUCAGGACGACUACUAUGAGUAUUUCAAGAUGCAUGAUCUGCUGCGAUCGCUCGGCCAUUUCCUAUCGAGAGAUGAGAUCUUGUUCAUUAGUGACGUGCAAAACGAGCGGAGAAGUGGUGCCAUCCCGAUGAAGCUGCGUCGGUUGUCGAUUGUGGCCACUGAAACCACGGACAUCCAGCGUAUCGUCAGUUUGAUCGAGCAACAUGAGUCCGUGAGGACAUUGUUAGCGGAGGGAACACGUGGCUAUGCGAAGGAUAUAGAUGAUUACAUGAAGAACUUUGUGCGACUUAGAGUCCUGCAUCUUAUGCACACAAAAAUCGAGAUUCUACCGCACUACAUUGGAAAUUUGAUCCACUUGAGAUACUUGAAUGUGUCUUAUACCGAUAUAACGGAGCUUCCAGAAAGCAUAUGCAAUCUGACGAAUUUACAGUUUUUGAUCCUUUUUCGAUGUAGACAGUUGACACAUAUCCCACAGGGUAUAGUUAGGCUAGUCAAUCUAAGAACACUCGAUUGUCAACUUACAGGCCUGGAGAGCUUACCAUGUGGAAUAGGAAGGUUGAAGCUCCUCAAUGAACUCGUAGGUUUCGUGGUGAACACGGCUACUGGUUCGUGCCCAUUGGAAGAAUUAGGCAGCCUCCAUGAGCUCAGAUACCUCUCCGUUGACAGGUUGGAGAGGGCGUGGCUGGAAGUUGAACCGGGAAGAGAUACGAGCCUCUUUAAGGGUAAACAAAAACUGAAACAUCUACAUUUACAUUGCUCAUAUACAUCCGAUGAUCACACGGAGGAAGAGAUUGAAAGAUUCGAGAAGUUGUUGGAUGUGGCACUUCAUCCACCAUCAUCUGUUGUUUCGCUCAGGUUACAGAUUUUUUUCCUUCUCCGGUUCCCCAGCUGGAUGGCGUCUGCAAGCAUCAGUUCGCUUCUUCCAAACAUAAGACGCUUGGAACUACUUGACUGCUAUCAUUGGCCACUGCUUCCACCGCUUGGGAAGCUCCCUAACUUGGAGUUCCUUGAAAUAGGAGGUGCACUUGCGGUGGCCACCAUCGGACCGGAAUUUUUUGGGUGUGAAGCUGCUGCUACCGGUCAUGAUCGGGAACGGAAUUUAAAGCGCCCUUCUUCUUCUUCUUCUUCUUCUUCUUCUUCUACUUCUCCUCCUUCGUUGUUUCCGAAACUAAGGCAGCUGGAACUCUGGAAUAUGACUAACAUGGAAGUGUGGGAUUGGGUAGCGGAAGGUUUUGCUAUGCGUCGCCUCGACAAAUUGGUCCUCGUAAAUUGCCCAAAGUUGAAGUCUCUACCGGAAGGCCUGAUCCGACAGGCAACCUGCUUAACCACAUUGGAUCUGACCGAUGUGUGUGCUCUCAAGUCCAUCGGAGGUUUCCCUUCUGUAAAAGAACUGAGUAUAAGUGGUGACUCAGAUCUGGAGAUUGUUGCUGAUCUCCCUGCACUGGAGCUCUUGAAGUUGGGCGGGUUAUUCCUUCCAUACAAUCAUUUACCAGAGUGGUUGGCGGCUUGCCCUGGAUGCUUCACCACGCUCCAGAGACUGGACGUAUGGGGAACCACCCAACUCCUCCGCAGAUGCCUCCAAAAUGGCGCAGACUGGCCCAUGAUCAAACACUUUCCAAAUUUUUCCAUCAAAGAUGACCGAGGCAAUUAUAUAAACUACAUCAAGCUUUCCGGCACCUUCGAGACAAACCUAGUCGACGAUAAUGCUGCUUUUGCUGCAGCUGCUGAAGACGAAGAAGAAGUAAAAAGACAUCAAUGAGCUUUGAGGUAACUUAACUAUCAUGCUCAUGUCUCGACCAUCUAACGUCUUCUGGUUUUGGAGUGGCAACUCACAAUCAUCUUUUCCUGCUUAUGGCACGGAGAUCGACAUCAAUCACGAUGUAAUUGGCAGUCAUGUCUAAUGAUGAAUUGAGAGGUGGUUAAAGCUUAACUUUGAAUGUUUGACAAGCUGUCACAUGGCAAUGAGCCUUUGAAAAGCUUCGCUCAAAGGAAUAGACCCCUUCAUGGAUCCAUAGCAAGUGUUCACCUAUAUAGUAUCUGUAAAUGUUUGUCAGAAGUCAUGGCUGAGUUCACAGCAAGGUUUCCCUGAAUCAAGACAAGACACAGAGGCCUGUGUUGGUCUGCUACAAAGAUAGAUACAGCUUGUGAAGUGUGAGCUUUUCUUGGUGACAAAGUAGGCAUUUGGACCAACCAUGUGAUGACGACAAUGCUUGCUUGGCAUUUUGCAGGCAUUUCAUUGCCAGUUGCUGUAGGCGGAUCACACACUGUGCUACAUGAACAGAGAUCAGCAAAAGAAAAGAAAGCAGUGUGAAGUAGCUUGUUGCUGUAGAUGGGAUCACAUAUUGUGCUGUAAGAACAGGGAUGAGGGAUAUAAAAAAAGGCCAUAUCAGAAAACAGUGAAGUGCUCAGGCCUAUGAUCACUGCAAUCUCUGCAGAUUGCUGAACAUUUGGGCCAUUCAAAGAAGAAAAAGAAAAGAGCCCUUUUUUUCUUCCAUGAUGUAAAGUGAGUUAUCGACUGUAAAAGAAUGCAGGAAAAGUGAAGUAUCAGAACUUUUGCGGGUGGUUGAUCCAUGAAUGCAAAUUGCAACACCUCUUGGGUUCAGAAUUCAGAUUACAUGAGAAAAGUAAUGGCUAAAUCAUUGGUACCAUGAAAUGAUCUUGGAUCCUGAGAGUUGGUGAAGAUAUUUGGAGGAACAGAAAAAGUCCAAAAAUCAUUUUUUUAUAUA